GUGCUCGUUGCCAUGGUGAUCGCUGCCCCGGACCCAGCUUGACCAGGCCGGCCACCAGGCUUCUGGAGCCUUUGCAACCUCCUUGGGACAUUCUGGAAGGAUGAGGUCCUCCCUGAUGCCUUUGGGGCCACCUGUGAGCCGAGACCGCAUCAUCACCAGCUUCCCUAAGUGGUACACCCCUAAUGCCUGCCUGCAGCUCAAGGAGCACUUCCAUGGGCAGGUCAGCAGCACCUGCCAGAGCAGGAACACGGGGACUGUUGGGCUUAGACUCUCCAAGGUAGUUGUCGUUGGUGAUCUCUACGUGGGCAAGACCAGCCUCAUCCACAGGUUUUGCAAGAAUGUUUUUGACCGGGACUACAAGGCCACCAUUGGGGUGGACUUUGAAAUUGAGCGCUUUGAGAUUUCUGGGAUUCCCUACAGCCUCCAAAUCUGGGACACAGCAGGGCAGGAGAAGUUCAAGUGCAUUGCAUCUGCCUACUACCGGGGUGCCCAGGUGAUCAUCACAGCCUUUGACCUCACUGAUGUGCAGACUCUGGAGCACACCAGGCAGUGGCUGGAAGAUGCACUCAGAGAGAAUGAGCCAGGCUCCUGCUUCGUGUUCCUCGUGGGAACCAAGAAAGACCUUCUGUCAGGAGCUGCAUGUGAGCAGGCAGAAGUAGAGGCUGUGCGCCUGGCCAACGAGAUGAAGGCUGAGUACUGGUCGGUGUCCGCUAAGACAGGGGAGAAUGUGAAGGCAUUCUUCAGCCGCGUAGCCGCCCUGGCAUUCGAGCAAUCGAUUCUUCAGGACUUGGAGAGGAGGAGCAGCGCGCGGCUCCAGGAAUGGAGGGGAGACCACCCGAGACCCAGGAGAGCAAGACAUCCUCCAGCCUGGGUUGCUGUUAGCUGGGACCUGUAUCAGAAUCCUCUACUCCCUGCACACGCGUGGACAGUGCCUUCCGUGACUGUGGAGGGGUGAUAGGAAGGCAUCCGUGUCUGACCACCCACCAUGCUGAACCCCAGAGCUCAGCCACUUCUCUUUAGCAGGUCAGGAGCCAGGAAAGGCCUGCACCCGCUGCCCAAGAGCCCCUCACUGCCCAGCUGGUGGGUACACUGUGGUGAUCAUCGGGAAGGCCAGUCCCUCCUAUAGAUUCACCUGGCCUUGAGAGGUCUCAGGACUGCAGACACGACACACUUUUGCCCCACCAUCUCUCACCCUCGGCACACAUCAGCUGCCCAUAUAGACACUCUCCCAGCUUUCCUUGGUUAGCCUCAGAAUCCUCCUUCUCAACUAAGUGGUCCAGACAAGCAGGACUUGUCAAAGUUAGCAUAUGAGGGAAAAUCCACCGGUCAUCCCUGCUUGGGACUUUUCUGUUAUUAACAGGACUUGCAGCUCUGGGCCUCGGAGCCCCAGGCCUCACUGUCCAGUGUCCCUCUGCCACAGACUUGUGGGAUCCCUCUGGAGGAGAAUAGACAAGACAGUCUCUCAGGCCCUUGUUGGCCAAGGGGUCAUCUUUGGCUCCCCCUUUAUCCCUGGGAUCCUGUCCUAUUGGCCAGUGGGUGAGAAUGCACAGAACAGGCCAUUCAUGCCCCUCUGGCCCACCUGGACAAUAGGUUUCCCUGGCUGCGCUGCGGGAAGAAGACUGCCCAGCUGUCCCGGUAAAUUACUGCUAUAUCCAGUUUGCAUGGCACUGUCCUGCUGUUAUUAUCACAAUAGUCACCUAGACACUGCUUGGUUGCCCUGCCACCCCCUCUCUCCCUCCAGCUUGCACAGGAAGGACCUCAAGAACAAGAAAAUGCUGGGUAUGUGCCCCUCAGGACCUUUGUGGUGGCAUUCAUGCAUCUUUGGAGGAUGUCAGAAGCCCUUCAGAGUCUAGAGAGCUCCUCACCUACACCACCCUGUCCUACACAUCCAGAACUGGCAGGAACAACCCAGGCACCCCCUCCCCAGCUCCCGCUCAGAGCACCCACUCUCUCUAUACUCUCAUGUUGCUCUUCUGUGGACGCUAUUAAGUACUCCCACCCACCCCACACUCCGUGGCCCUGGGUGGGUGCCCGCUCAUCCCCGCCCACCCCAUGCUAAAAGCAGGUGGGCAAAUCUGGGCAUUUCCCACCUGCUUCUCAGGUGAGCAUUUUGCAAACAGCUGUUCUGGUCAGUGCCCUAAACAGUACCCCAUACAGUGCCUGGCACACUGCAGGUGCCCAGUGAUGUUCAUUGGCUGACGGCGAUUGCCCAAUGCUGGUUGGGGAAGAACCCUGGCAUCUUUUCCUGUUCAUUCUCCCUUCACAUUUUAGCUUUCUUUAUAGCUAUAAAAUACUUCUUUAUAUAAAUCACUCAAAGGUAUUAUGAACAUGUUUAUGAUAAACCAAAACAAGACACUACAAAGUUUUGUAUACAGACUGAAAUUCCCCUCCUGUCCCUGGAAGUAAGGGUUGUUAACAGCUGUAGGAAUCCUUCAGACUACUACUAGGCAACACAACCAUGUUUGUGGUCUUGUUUGUUUAACCAGAACGACCUAUCACCACACAUGCGGCCUGGCAGCCUGCAUUCUUGUUGACCUGCAGGAGCCCUCUCCACACACCGAACCUACUUGUUCCUUUAGGACCUGCCAGUUUUCCUUCUGGGAAUGGACCAGAGGCCCAAGUGCCCUGCCCCCUAAGGGGUUUGUCUCCAGGUUUUAGCUUACCGAAGGUGCU